AUGGCAGAUGCCUAUGGUCCGGUCGCAGAAAAACCAAAAAAAAGCACGCCUGUGGCUCUGGAUGUCAGUGACGGCGCAACUACAAGCGACUUCAGCUCCUCCAGUGCCAAUGUACAGCCAGUGACCGAUGGGUAUAUCUCGCCGGGACAUAACGACAAUCUCGACGACUUUUUUGUAUCCUGUCUGUUUCCCGAUUCAAAAGACUUUCAGGGCACAGGCGAGAAUUCAAAUUGGACUACGAACUGGCAGGCGGCAGACCACUCGGAUCCGUUUGGCGGCCCUGCUGGCCAUUUCAACUGCUUGAUCGACUGCUUGACUGGGUUCACACUCUCCCUCCCGCAGGGACAUGCUGAAUGCGCGCCCAACGAGCGACUAGUCAAGGCAGCCACGCUGUUUUCGAGACUCAAUGUCGAACGGUUUGUCGGUCAUUAUUUCCGAGAUUACUGUCCACAUAGCCCGAUUCUGCAUCCCGGGACGUGGAAGAUGACCGCAGCAUCACCCUUCUUGCUCACCGUCCUGGUUCUAACGGGAGCUCUGUUUUCCGCUUCACCAAAUGACAUGGAACUCGCAAGGGACAUCCUCGGCCUGGUGGUGGAGUACGCUUUCAGCAACCCGAUCUUCAAAAAGCUGCUCCAGGGCCCUGACGCCGUGCGAGGCUUGGACGAGUUGGAAUGCCUGCAAGCACUCGAAGCCGCAUUUUUCAUCACACAAGUUCAGCUCCGGGAGGGGUGCCCGGCCAAGCGGAAAGACGCUCGAAAAUCGCUUUUUGAAGAGAUACUCUCUGCCACUCGAACCCUCGGUCUGCUGGAAACUCGGAAUCCGUUUUUCGAAGCCGAACCGCCACCACCAGACAAGUUCCAGUGGGCUCAGUUUGCCGCUCGCGAAUCCAGAAUUCGCCUUGCAUGUGGUAUUUUCCAUCUCGACGCCAGCUUCACGGUCCUGUACAAUAUGACACCGCGGUUAUUCGCGGAAGAGAUGAACAUCGGGAUGCCAGGUUCGGCCGAUGCUUUUUUUGCCGACAAUGCGCAGGAUUGCUAUCGGCUCUCAUUGAAGGAGCACGGGUUUCAAAAGAUGUCGCUCUCGCAGAUGUGUGACGCCUUUUUGCAGGAGGAAUGGGAUGAGGAGAGGCGCUUUUCCAUGCAACACUUGUCACUCCUGCAUCUUUGCAGCAUCAUGAUGGGGCUCACGCAGAUCUUAUGGCUUUCUCCGUACAGACCUAGGAAGGGGCAAACGAUGAAACGGAUGGAAGAGGCGCUGCGCAGGUGGAAAGCAGCCUGGGAUUUUCAGAUCGCGACCCUGACGGCCCGCCAACGCGAACGCUACGGGUUUCUGAAGACUAUCCCCCUCGAGUUCUGGCAGAUUGCCACUGUCUUGGUGGAGAAGAACAGUACCAGUUUGGAGACGGCGAUCACUCAGAGUGCCAUUGCUGCUUUGAACAACAACCGCAGUGCACAGACCAUGCUCGCAAGCGUCGACAGGGACCAGAGCUGA